UAUACCACCGUCGACUGAGUCGCCGUCGACUAUACCACCAUCGACUGAGUCGCCGUCGACUAUGCCACCGUCGACUGAGUCGCCGUCGACUAUAUCACCGUCGACUGAGUCCCUGUCGACAAUACCACCGUCAACUGAGUCGCCGUCGACUAUACCACCGUCGACUGAGUCGCCGUCAACUAUACCACCAUCGACUGAGUCGCCGUCAACUAUAUUACCGUCGACUGAGUCGCCGUCGACUAUUCCACCGUCGACUAUACCACCGUCGACUGAGUCGCCGUCGACUAUACCACCAUCGACUGAGUCGCCGUCGACUAUGGAACAGCCGUCGACCAUGGCACCGCCCACUGAGCCACCGUCGACUAUGGCCCCUCCUACUUUAGCACCAGAAGAUGCUGCCUGUCUGCAAGCUCACAACGCCAAGCGAGCUCUUCAUGGGUCACAACCGCUGGCCUGGAGUGAUGUACUGGCUCAGCAUGCUCAAGCAUGGGCUGACCACCUGGCAGCGACAGAGACCUUUGUGCACGAACAGGGCAUUGAUGAAGGAGAAAAUCUGUAUUUUGUUAGGGCUUCAACUACCCGCAGUUGCUCCGACGCAGUAGAAUCCUGGUAUAGUGAAGAGCUUCUGUACGAUUAUGACAGACCGCCACAAACAAUCCAAGAGUUUCUUGAAUCUGACAUCGGCCACUUCACUCAGAUUGUUUGGAAUGGGACUACAAUGGUAGGAGCAGGUAUCGCCACCGUAGUUGGAGGACGUCCCCCAAUCCAGACCUACAUAGUGGCUCGGUAUGCGCCACCUGGAAACGUCCUUGGCCGUUUUACAGAGAACGUCAUGCGACCAGUAGUCCCGAUCUAAGUCUAUAGUGCCACCUGACAUCUGCGGGAAGGCGGCCAAUGGUUCCGCUAGAUAGUCAGUUGGCUAUCAUAUAUAGCGAUUAAACAAUGGCAGCAGAUUACAUCGUUUGGUUUUGCACCAUACGUGUUGUGAACGAUGGGGAAUGGAGCAUUACGAUUUGUUACACAGUUGUCUCUUGUCGGCAAAGUCUAAAACAUUCUAAACUUCAGUAGCAUCAAAUAGGGAAAUAAGAUAUUUUUUUUUCUAGAUAAGGUAGAAGAAUAUACCGCAUACUUCUCUUGCAAUUAUAAGCUUGAUUUGAACGUUGCUAGAAAUUAAUGUGUGUAAAUAUUUUCUUUCUAAGCGAAAACGAAAACAAAUAAAUCACCAACAUGUGUCAUGUAUUCA